CUUCAUCUUCCAACCUGCAAAGAAACCAGCCGCCAUGGAUGAGUUCUUCCAGAAUGGCUGUAAUCAUCAAGAAACUGCAACACUACAGUGGUUUGAUGACUUCCCUUUGGUGAACCCAAGUGCCUUUGUGAAGUAUGUGGAUUUAAGGGUUGGAGGGGUGGGGUCAAAGGGGGAUGGGAGCGGGUCGAGUCGAGAUGGAAAUGCGAACAAGAGGAUGAUGGAGUUCCUGGGGAAGAUGUGGAAACCGGCGUUGCAGACAAUGCAGACGGCGCAGGAAAGGGUGCAUAGGCAUAUGAUCAGUGAGAGGAUGAGGAGGGAGAGGCAAAAGCAAAGCUACUUAGCCUUGCAUAGGUUGUUGCCUCUUGGGACCAAGGGUGACAAGAAUACAAUAAUCCAAAUGGCAGCUGCUAGGAUACAAGAGUUGGAAAUGUGCAAGGAAGAAUUGAUGAGGAGAAACAGUGAAAUUGAGAUGACUUUAGCAGCAAGUAACAAUGAGAAUGAUAAGGGAGUGAGCAAUAAGGGCAAGAUUAUUAAUGUAAAGGUGGCUUAUCCUUCUUGUGGGAUUGAUUCCAUGCUGCAAGUUCUAAAAUGCUUGAAGAACAGUGGAACCAAACUAAGAUCCAUGCACUCCAAUUUCUCACCACAAGAAUUCUGUGCUCUGCUAGAGAUAGAAUCCAAGGUAGGAGUAGCAGAAGUUGAAAAUGCAGUGCAGAGAAGGUUGAUGGAAGCUGAGACGAACUUUCAUUGCAACUUCCUUCAAGAGUAGUGACCUUAGAGUGUUGAAACUUGUAAGAGUGGUGUGACCGCCGGAUAACGACGCUGGAAGGAGGCUGGAAACUGACUUUAUUCACCUGUGUAAAUUAAAUUAUGUAUGUAUAAUACUAAGCUUUAAGUUUUAUGGCACGUGAAAAUGGAGAGAUAAAAUUAAAUUUGGGAAUAUUUUACAUUUUACCGUCUAUUAGGUUUAGACUCAAUGCCCGUCUUACUUAUUUUCCCUCGUUAUUUUAUCAUGUAUAAUACUCCUUAAUACUUUGUAUCCGUUUCUAAAUGACAAUAUUUGUUUAUUCAUAUUGUAAAACGUAA